AUCAUGGCAUACAAUGGAGAUGAUGGUGGGAAGAGAAAGAGGUACGCGGUUAUCGGUGUCUCCUCCUUCUUAUUGGUAGCCAUGGUGAUUGCAGUGACCGUCGGUGUAAGCCUCAACAAUGGCGAGUCUUCAAAUCCGGCGAGCGGCAACAAAGACGGACACGGCCAUAUUUCGUCAUCGAACAAAGCAAUCAAAGCCAUUUGCCAACCCACUGAUUACAAAGAAGAUUGUAUUAAGAGUCUCACUUCUGAGGCUGGAAACACAACCGAUCCAAAGAAGCUUAUCCAAGCUGGUUUCAACGUCGCCAUGAAGCAUAUCACCGAGGCUGCAAAGAAAUCCGAGGUCUUGAAAGAGUUGGAGAAAGACCCCAGAGCUUCCAAAGCUCUUGGUUUUUGCAAGCAGCUCAUGGAAACCGCCAUCGACGAUCUUCACAAAUCGUUUGAUAAGAUCAGUGAUUUUGACAUCACCAAGUUAGAUGAGAUGCUUAUGGACUUGAAGAUAUGGAUUAGUGCCACCAUUACGUACCAGGAGACUUGCUUGGAUGGUUUCCAGAAUACUACAGGCGAUGCCGCUGAGAAGAUGAAGAAGGCUUUGAAGACUUCCAUGCGCCUGAGUAGUAAUGGCCUUGCCAUGGUUUCUGAGAUCUCUUCGGUCUUCGCGGACUUGAGCAUUAACCGCCGGAGACUUCUCGAGUAUGAAAGCCCCACUCCCGAAGCUCAGGGUACAAGCCCGUGGAUUGCUACGGGAGUUCGGAGAUUGCUCGCUGUGAAUAGUACGGAGAAUUUGAAGCCAGACGUGAUUGUGGCCAAAGAUGGGAGUGGAAAGUACAAAACCAUCAAUGAGGCACUCAAAGAUAUUCCAAAGAAGAGCAAUCAAACGUUUGUGAUUUACAUAAAGGAGGGAGUUUACGAGGAGUACGUGACCUUUCAGAAAAACAUGACCCAUGUCCUUGUCUAUGGUGAUGGUGCUACUAGGACCCGGAUCACUGGUAGCAAGAAUUUCAUCGAUGGUUUUCCCACCAGCCUUACUGCCACCGUUGUUGUACUUGGUGAUCACUUCCUGGCAAGAGACAUCGGUUUCGAGAACACUGCUGGACCAAGCAAACACCAAGCUGUAGCACUGAGAGUGAACUCAGACGAGGCCAUCUUCUACCGAUGUGCCAUGGACGGCUUCCAAGACACACUCUACGCUCACGCCAAGCGCCAAUUCUACCGUGAGUGUAGCAUCUCCGGCACCAUCGACUUCGUCUUCGGUGACGCCGCCGUGGUCUUCCAGAACUGCAAAUUCAUAGUCCGAAAGCCAAACGACAACCAGCAGUGCAUAGUCACGGCACAAGGUCGUAAAGAAAGGAGACAGCCAACGGCCAUAGUCAUCCAAAACGGGACCUUUGUGGCCGACCCUGAAUACGUGCCAGUAAUGAACCAGAGCAAGGCAUACUUGGGAAGGCCCUGGAAGGAGUUCUCAAGGACCAUCAUCAUGGAGUCUUUCAUUGAUGAGCUGAUUCAGCCUGUGGGAUGGUUGCCCUGGGCUGGAAAUUUCGCUCUCGACACUUGCUACUAUGGCGAGUUCAACAACCGCGGUCCCGGCGCCGCAGAGGAGACCCUGCGCGCCAAGUGGCUGGGAGUGAAGAAGAUCACGGCCGAGAUCGCCGCGACUUUCACGCCGGAACAGUUCUUUCAGGGAGACGCGUGGGUUAAGGGCAGUGGUGUGGAGUACGUCCCUGGCAUGUUCUCUAUCGCUCCCAAGAAAUAAGUGAAAUGAGAUCUAUUCUUUAGUUUCUCAUAAUUCGUGUAUUUGUUUUGUUUUGUUUUUUUUUUUUGUUUUUUUUUUCGGUUUUGCUCUUCAACAUUGUUUGUUAUUAGGGUAUAAUUAAUUAAUUUACCCACCAUUUUAACAUAGCUGAGUAUACAUUCUCAAUAAGG